AUGGAUAUCCAAUCUAGCAGUAGGGAUCUCGCCACACCCCUUUCAUACAAGAACCUUAGUUUUUGCAAGACUGAAGAUAGCGGUUACCACACUUCGUUUGCAUCACCGUCGUUGGAAUGUUCUUCUUUAACUAAUGAGAGUCCAGACCCAUCCCUGGUUCUGCCCAAUUAUUGCAAAAUUCAAGUAGAUUGUUAUCCGCUGUCACCUAGACCUGAUGUGCGAUCAACAUUAACUGUAUGCUUUAACAAUAGGACCAACUCUCCUGUAAGUUCCGAAAACACAUCUUCCUCAAAAAGAGGUAUUAAGCGCCCAUAUGACGAUGAAGGAGCGAAUGAUAUCAAUAGCAGUGUUACGACACCAACAAGUGUCAUAGCAAAUGAAGUACGAAAAUUAAAAGUACAUGAUAAUAAGCUGAAUUCAUCUAUAACGUCUUAUGAAUCAGGUCACAUAGAUACAAUAAUAAGUGAUAUAUAUUACAAAGAUUACUAUGUCUCUCAUCCUUCAACACCAAUCAAGAAGAUCUGCAAGAGUAGUUGUAAUUUAAGUCCUUUUAAUCGUCGCAAAUCUGCUAGAAAAGUAGAUUUUGCUAUUCAUUCAUUAUCAUGUGAAAGACAAGUAGUCAAAUUAGAAUCAAAAACUCUGUCAAAAGCUCCCAAAUCUAUUUCUUUUGCAUAUAAACCAAAUCAGAAAAUAGAUAUAAUCAGGCUCUUGUACAGCCAUGAAGAUUAUUGCAGUUCAUCCAUCAGAAAAAUAUUAAGCUAUUUAUCUAAAGAAGAUAUUUACAAUUUCACCUUAGUCAGUUCCAUAUGGUGUAACAUCUUCAAAAGUACAAAUACAAAGCUGAAUUGCAACAAUUUUUUCAAUAAUGUGAAGAGUAAUUUGGAAAAUUGGGAUCAACUUGAAGUGCCAAGGAAUGAUGGCAGUAACCAAAUCAAACCAUUGAAAGAAAUACAGAAUUUUAACAUAACUGUGAGCACUCCUCGCAGUCCUGUUAGAAGUCCUCGUACCACUAGAUUUAACAAAUUUACAAAGGCAGCAUCUUUGGAUGAUCGCAUCCAGUUGGCCUGUGUCAACUGUAGACAUCCUGCUAAGAUAACAACAGAAACAUCUGGUGAAGAAUGGGUGGAAUGUACAAGCUCCUCAUGUGCCUAUCAGUUCUGCAGGCUGUGCAAGUGUGACAGGCAUCCAGGUAAAAGUUGUAUGCAAUACGACCUUAUUGAUGGACCUAGUCCGAGUAAAAGAAAGAAAAAUAUAUGCCCUGUGAGUUCCACUAAAAGUAAAAACAAAUUAAAAAGACUCCUUUUUUAA